AUGGCCCUGCGUGCCUACCGCGGCCCGCUGGCCCUGGCCGCCGCGUCGGCGCCUGGGUUUGGCCUCGCUGCGGUCCAGCGGGCUGCGCACGCCGUGGGGGCGGCGGUCAGUGGCCCAGGGGGCGUGCAUCCCGAGGAGGGGAGCUGCCCAGUGGUCCCAUACCCGCCGUGCCCUGAUCUUGCCUGCCCAAGGGCGCCGCCGUGUGCGCCAUGCCCGGCACCGCAGUGCCAGGCGUGCCCGGAGAUCCGGGGCGACCUCGACCAGCCCGACUACAUCGGCUGGACCCUCAGUGCGUGCAACCUGGCGCUGACUGCGGCGGCGGGUUGCUCGCGGCGCCGGCCUCGCCAGCGCGAGGCGCCCGAGGCGCAGCCCGAGCAGGCCCCGCGCCUUGCCGUGGAGGAGGACGCCGACGCCACCGUGCUGAGGACCGAGGCGCUCCGCCAGCGCAGAACGAUUCGGAAUCGGGCAAUCGACCUGACCGUUGGCGACGAUAUCUACUCGGUCCACUGGCUCGGCGCGCAGGGAGCUUCUCAUCCUGGGAUUCGGAACGAUCGAUGCUACCAGUUCACGAGGAGGCCGACCGCUGCCGCGGUGAGGGCGCUCGAUCGCCCCCCCGUGAGGGUGGCAGCCGCCCCGGGGGACCAGGUCGGAGGCUUCGCUAGGGCGCCAGCGCAGCAAGCUGGGCCCGUGCAGCGGAGGGCUCCCCCGAGGCGGGUGUGGGUAGUCGCCGAGGAUAUCGUGGAUGAGCUCCCGCGGGAGGCACAUGUCAUCGGAGACAAGGCGUUGAUGCCGCUGGAGGGCGGCGACGCCGCGAUGUUGAGGCAGAUCGAUCGGAAGGAUCUCGACGAUUACGUCAACGAUGAUUUGAGGGUCCUCCCAGUCCGCUUUGAUGGCGCUGGCCGCCGCAGGAGGACGUUCCCCGACGCCGUCGGCCGCAUGAUGGAUGAGCUGCCCGAGGGCGGCGUUGACCUCACGGGCCCUCGCACUUGCUGGUAUCGGCUUCAGAACACCGCCUCCCUGUCUCAGACGCCCGCCACGCAGUUUGAGCGCUGGAAGGUGGCCGCCCAGAUCCAGGACGGGGACAGGUCUCAGUAUGAGCACGAGGCGCUCUCCCACAUCUUGGAGACGAUGGCAUGCGUAGACCAGCUCAACGUGCCCAGUUUGAAGUUAGGCGAGCUGGUCGCCAGGAGGCUCCAGCUCAUCGAGGGCGCGCGUGCUCAUGUUGGCGCUGGAGGCGCAGCGGACUACAGCGCGGCCGACCACUGCAUGGGCUGGUCGUCGCGGAGGAUGGGAGUGGUCAUCGACCCGCAGCUGCGCCAGCGCGUGGCCGACAACUUCCGCGGCGAGGCGCAGGUCGCCAAGGGGGCGGGGAAGGCCAAGGGGGAGCACCGGCUGCGCAGGCAGCCUGGCGGCCGCAAGAAGAAUGGCAAGAACGCCAAUGGGGCACCUCUGAUGGGGCGGGGGCGCGGGAGCUGGCCAGCCCGCGCCCCCUCAGGGGCUUCUGCGUGGAAUUCUGGACGAGAUGAGGGUCGCCUUCGGGCUGCAAUUUCUGGGCUGCUCGGGCCGACGGCGUCCGAGCAUCGUCGAGUCCCGCGCCGAGAGCUACUUCCUGUGCCUCCUGUCCCGGCCACUCCUCCUGCGACUCCCGGGGCCUCGCACUGGGCGCGGAGGAGGCUGGCGCGUCGCCGCGGGGUCGAGGAGAGGGUCAAUGAGGCUCUCACGGUUUUGAAUGAGGUGAGCUGCGCGGGGGAGGAAUCAGAGACCCUUCGGCCGUCGCUGGCGCAGCUCACCUCGCAGGAGGCGUUGCUGGAGCUGGUCUCCUCCCUGCCAUCGCCCGCUGACACGUGCAGUCGCCGCGGGGCCGCUGACGAGCUCCCGGCUAGCGUGGUCGACUACGCCGGGGUCGACCAGGGUGUCGCAGCGAGGCCGUGCAAGCGAUCUCUCGUGUCGAUGCCAGCGGUCGGGGAGAGCUCUGCUCCGCUGACCUCGGUGGCUGGUGAGCUGGAGAGGGAGCUGCUGCAGCGGCCCGUAUGCGCGAUGCUGGCAGAUUCCGACGAUGUGGGUUGGAGGUCUGCGAAGAUUAGUCUGAUCGAGCCCUGCGUGGACGAGUGCGACAACCUCAACGUCUUUGGCUUGGACAAGAGCGCCGUGCAGCUGGCCGAGGACAGGGUGGUCUCCCACCUGAGGGCGAGAGGCUUCCCCGUCCACGAGGAGGUCAACGCCUCGGUCAAGGUCGCCUCCCUCGGCAGGUGCAUCGACGGCGACAGGUGGGUCGUCUACAACAAGCCUGAGCGGGCAGAGCGGUUCGCGAAGGUUUGCAGUGUUAUCGAGAAUGGUGCCCGUCUCUCGGGCCAUGCAGUUCAGAGGUGGGCUGGCCACGUCGUCGACUUCUUGCCGAUUCGUAGGGAGGGUUUGGCCGUCCUCAGGUCCACCCACGACUUCAUUGACAAGGCUCGUGCUGAGGCGGCUGGCCGGCGGCGGCUCCGCGCCGCGCGGGCGAUGUCUGUGGGGAGGGCGGGGCCGAACGCGUACCAGAGGUUGAAAGCAGCUGGACCCAACGCUCCACGACGAUCGCCUUUUCCGCAUCCGUCGUCGCAGUACUGCGACAUCCCAGCCGACUUCUCAAAGGUGGAUUCGAUCUUGAAGCAUCUGCAGCAGACGGAGAGCCAUGACUGGCUUGGCGAAGUCACUCAUUGCUGCACCCAGGUCUGCUACUUGCUGCUGCAGAACUACAACAUAUCGCGCUUCAAUUUCUAUAAUUAUAAUUGUCAUUUGAUCGUGCUCACAACCCUCUUCUUGGCCCAGCGGAUCUGGUUCUUCUUGUGGAGAGUGACUUCAUUUUCGGACGCGCAUGGCUUGAGGUUCGCGUGCCACAUCGUACUUUUCUUGGUGCUGUUGGAUUCUCUCUACUGCGGCAUGCAGCUCGUGCUCAAGGACUCCUUCGUGGGCAGCAUGUAUCUAGCAACGCCCCUGAUGAGCAGCGUGAUAUUCUACCAGAUUAACUUGAGGACGAACACCAAUGUGUUUACAGCAGAACUGUUCAGCAUGCUGAGCCGCUGCGUAUACCACAGCCUGGAGACCGCCUACUGCAUCGGCGUUCUUCCUCUGAAAUUUCUGCAGUACGAGUACAUAUAUUUUGAUACGUCGCGCUGUGUGGUUUUGACUGUGUUCGUGACUUUCCACAUAUUCCUGAGCUUCUUUUGCCUUGAGUUGCACUGCCUCGGAUCCGAGGUGCUGCAACAGGCUCGAAUGCUUGGAGAAUGGCGAUGGAUACCAGAUCUUACAAGACUCAAAAAUGUAUCUCCGAAGCCAGCCGAGUGGAAAUUUGACAAUUGUCCAUACCCACGCGGAGCAGUGGUGAGAUGCAAGGGGCGGUACUACGAGGCGAUGGCUACGUUGAACACGUGUUCGCCGACCAGCUUCACGCAACUGAUAUCACCCGUGGCAUUUGUAUUGGGCGACUCGCAGCGCACCAAGGCGUUAGUGUUAGCGGCGCUGCUGCUUCUGAACGCGACUCUGGUACAUUUCAUUCUGUGGUCGAACCAGUGGUCGAUGUACGCCGUGAUGCUCAUACCGAAUUGCGGCCACUUCUUGUAUGUGAAGUAUCGAAGAUCGCACUCCUUCUUCAACCCCGCGCACCUGAAUCUGAGGCAGCUGCAGUGGGACCUCAGCCUCGAGGUCCCGCCGCACAGGCUCAACGGCGCAGGAGUGGCGAGCUCAACCUCCGGCCUGUCGGUGCACCAUCUAAAUGGCAGAGCCGCUCACGGGGACGCCCCCGGCGGCCGGGGCGGCUACCCCGACGAGGCCGACGGCGACGAGGCCUCGAACCACCCCGACGAU